AUGGCUUCUGAUGCAAUUUACAAUGUUUCUCGUGGUACAGUUAAACCAUGGAAGCACAUUGCUUUGGGUCUUGGCUUAGCAUCUCUCACCGGAUCCAAGCUAUCCAAGCAGAUUUUAAACAGAGCGGGACACAGCAUCAGUUACAGUGAAACAAAAGGUCUGGAGACAGAAUUUGCAUAUUCAGUAGAAUCUGAUGAACGUGACACUCCUGAUGGUAUUCGACUUGAACCAGGUUUAGCAACUGCCUGUGUCUGGGACAACAAUGAUGCCAACAUAGAAACAUUAGAUGGCAAAGAAACAUUACACGCCACUGUCGGUCAUACAUACCAGAAUAUUUUGCAGCAUGACAGAGAAACAAAUAACAUUCCAAUAGAAUUUCGAGAUGGAAGGAAUCGACGAAGGUUUGUUGGAAGUCAACGAGAGAUACCCCCAUUUAGGAAACCUCUCAAUACAGCUAUGUUUGUCACGAGUGCUAAUGCUUCCAACGCAAUUACAGCUGAAUCUACAGAUACGGCUGAAACAUAUGAUUACUUCUGA